AUGCCUCAGCUACAGCUCGUAGCUGAGCUCCCUUCGCAUAGUGAACCAGCAUGGAACGUCACAUUCAACCCGACACGUUCGUUACUCGCAUCAUGUUCCACCGAUCGAACUAUCCGAUUAUUCUCUUAUAUCCUUCCCCAAACUCCUUCCGCUAGUGCUUUCCCCUCAUCAUCCGACCCUAAACCAGUAUUUAGCUUGAACAAAGUUAUUCCCACUGAACAUAAGCGAACAGUCAGGUCAAUAGCUUGGUCACCUGAUGGGAGAACAUUAGCAAGCGGAUCGUUCGAUUCUACAGUCGGAGUAUGGGAGGAAGUCAUUCCUUCUUCCGAUAACGAAGAUGAAGAUGAUGACGAAGGCGUAUUCAAACCUCAAAAAGCCCAGGCAGAAGGAAUAGAGGGUGGAGAUGAGAAAGAGUGGGAAUGCGUGACUACGCUUGAAGGUCAUGAGAGCGAGUGUAAGAGUGUAGCGUUUUCCAGCGAUGGAGCGCUGCUGGCGAGUUGUUCUAGAGAUAAAAGUGUCUGGGUAUGGGAAGUCCAACCGGACGCCGAUUUUGAGUGUAUAGCAGUGAUGAUGGAGCAUUCACAGGACGUAAAGUGUAUAGCAUGGCAUCCUCAUGAAGAGAUUUUAGCAUCAGCAUCAUAUGACUCCCAUAUUCAUCUAGCUUUCGACGAUCCCGACUCCGACUGGAUGAUCUUCCAGAAACUCCAUCCUAAAUUGACCCCCACUCCGCUCACCCUAUCCCCUGACUCCCCUGCGUCACUCAUCAAUGCUUUGAUACCCAGCCAAGAAGAGAAAGAAGCAGACAGGCAACUGGAUGUGCCUCCGUUAGAAGAAGACGAAACCGUCUGGAGUCUAGCUUUUAGUCCUGAUGGCAGUUAUCUAGCUAGUGGAGGUGAUUUGGGUGGAAUCAGGAUAUGGAAGAGGCAGGGUAAUCAGCCUGACUCAUCAUGGAUCGAGGUUCUCCACCUCACAGUUCACACCCGCUCGAUAUUCUCCUUAGCAUGGUCACCUUCACCUUCUCCAUCUCCCGAGUCUACCGAUCUUGGUCUCCUAGCUUCAGCAGGCGGAGAUGGCAAGAUCGUAGUCUUCCAGCUUACUUCUUCAGAAUCAGGAGUCAUGAUGAAACCCAUAGCAGCUAUCAAAGAUGCUCAUGGAGUUAGCGAUGUGAAUUCUGUAGGAUGGUGCUCAAGGGAAGAUAAGAAAGGUCUGGGGAUGUUGAGCUCAGCAGGUGAUGGUGGGAGUAUCAAAGUAUGGAGGGUUGUGAGUGAUGAUUGA